AUGUUGAAUACGUUUAGCUGCGCUGAUUUUGGGAAGAAAGCGAUCUUUUCAACGAUGUUUACGGUAAGUGAAUGUGAUUUAAUUUCAAAUACGCUCACCUCGCAUGACUCUGCACCUAUUCGUGGUAGACCUACACUAAAAGAUGCUGAGCGAUUUCGAACCGGGUCGAUUAUCCACGAAUCCACAAAUAUCAAUACCAGAGUUGCCAAAAAUGUUAUAGAAAAAGUUGCCAAAAAUGUGACAAAAGUAUUAAAAUCAAAAGUACCACUGAAAUCAAAAGUACCACUGAAAUCAAAAGUACCACUGAAAUCAAAAGUACCACUGAAAUCAAAAGUACCACUGAAAUCAAAAGUACCACUGAAAUCAAAA